GUUGCUGAAGCUCCUGUUACCGCCGCUGGCAUUUUACCUACGUCGCACUGGAAGAGUGGUCACUGAGAAGUUUCCUUGACGUCUUUGGGGAUGUUGUUACUACAUACACCGGUUAACAAGGUGCUUUCCGUAGCUUUCGUGAUACAAGUGUUAGCUAACAGCAGCUAGGCACAAAGGCGUUCAGUCAGCUACUAGCCGAUGUUAGCUAAUGGUAACUAGCCUGCUAACAACACAACCGGUGAGGACGAGCACAUCCUUGCGCAGCAGUGCUCGGGUUAAUCUCGGCUGACUCGCUCCGUGGGAUAUGUUAGCUGUUUUGUGAUACAUGUUUAUCUGUAACCUAACUCAAGUGGUUGUAUUAACAGUCGCCACUCAUGACUGGGCCACUUAAAGCAACGUUUCUGCAAACCUGGGUCGUUGGCUGCAUCUUUUUCAGCUAGCCACGGCAGAGCGUCGGACUUAUUCAGGGAUGGUGGCGGUAGCAAAACAAGCUAACGUUGCUCCGUCGGUGUGAAGAAGUGAGAGCAAGAAGUGAGGAAACGCUUUAGCCAAUUGGGAGGUCUCGGUUUUGUUUAUGUUAAUUACAAUUCCGGGGUGGAUGACGCUGGGACGAACCUGACAAUCCUUGAACACAGCUGAACUGAAACUGGGAAUAUCGCUAACAGAUCGAAGGGAUUAUUUUUUGUCUCUAAGUGGAUUUCGGCCUCCUUUUCAGGGUCGUCGUGGGAACACACUAAGUGUUUUGACAUUGAGUGAGCCCACUCCCACAAAAUAUUCCCUGUCCCAGCGACCUUCCCCCCUGCUUCACCCUCCGAUGCGGAGAAUUCAGUAGCACCGGCAACCUAAUUCCCCACGGCGGCCGGACAUGCUGAAGUGUAUCCCCCUGUGGCGCUGCAACCGCCACGUCGAGUCGGUGGACAAGCGGCAUUGCAACUUGCAGACAGUACCUGAUGAGAUAUUCCGCUACAGUCGCAGCCUGGAAGAGCUUCUCCUUGAUGCCAAUCAACUCAAAGAGCUACCAAAGCCUUUCUUCAGACUACUGAACCUACGGAAGCUUGGCUUGAGUGACAAUGAGAUCCAGAGACUCCCGCCUGAGGUGGCCAACUUCAUGCAGCUGGUGGAGCUGGACAUCUCCAGAAACGACAUUCCUGAGAUCCCUGAGAGCAUUAAGUUUUGUAGGGCCUUGGAGAUAGCGGACUUCAGUGGAAACCCCCUCUCCAGAUUGCCGGAUGGUUUCACUCAACUCCGAGCGCUGGCUCACUUGGCACUCAACGAUGUGUCAUUGCAGACGUUGCCCAAUGACAUUGGAAACCUGGCUAACCUGGUGACGUUGGAGCUCAGGGAGAACCUGCUGAAGUCUCUGCCCACGUCACUCUCCUUCCUGGUGAAACUGGAACAACUGGACCUGGGCAGCAAUGAACUGGAAGUUUUGCCGGACACACUUGGUGCUCUCCCCAACCUGAGGGAGCUGUGGCUGGACCGUAACCAGUUGUCCUCAUUACCACCAGAGCUGGGGAACCUCCGCAGACUGGUGUGUCUGGAUGUGUCAGAGAAUCGUCUGGAGGAGCUUCCCGCAGAGCUCAACGGCCUCCUGGCUCUCACUGACCUGCUGCUCACACAGAACCUGCUGGAGGUUGUCCCAGACAGCAUAGGUUGUCUGAAACAGCUGUCUAUCCUGAAGGUGGAUCAGAACAGACUAACCCAUCUGACUGAUUCAAUAGGAGAGUGUGAAAACCUCACAGAACUCGUCUUGACAGAGAAUCUUUUACAAUCACUUCCUCGCUCACUGGGCAAGCUGAAGAAGCUGACCAACCUGAAUGUAGACCGCAACCGUUUGGGCAGCGUGCCCAAAGAGCUGGGCGGCUGCUCCAGCCUCAACGUUCUCUCACUGAGAGACAACCGCCUGGGCAAACUGCCUGCUGAGCUUGCAGAUGCCACUGAGUUGCAUGUGCUGGAUGUGGCUGGAAACAGAUUACAAAACUUGCCUUUUGCCCUGACAAACCUCAAUCUGAAGGCCAUGUGGCUCGCAGAGAACCAGUCACAGCCGAUGCUCAAGUUCCAGACAGAGGAUGAUGAGCGAACAGGAGAGAAGGUGUUGACGUGCUAUUUACUCCCCCAGCAGCCUUCUCCGAGCCUUGAGAACUUGCUACAAAACAGUGUGGAUGACAGCUGGACAGACAGCAACCUGAACCGUGUGUCAGUCAUUCAGUUCCAGGAAGAGACCAAGGCUGAGGAGGAGGAUGAUGAGGCUGCUGCAGAGCGCAGGGGUCUUCAGCGCAGAGCCACACCGCAUCCCAGUGAACUGAAGGUGAUGAAGAAAGUGAUUGAGGAGAGGAGGAAUGAGGCUUACACAUCCAGACCUGAUGGAGAAGAAGAGUCCCCUGACCCGCAGGAGAAACGGCUCAGUGACCUCUCCAACCAGAGCCAUGACUCCCAGGCCUCCAACAGCACGCUAUCAGCCACCUCCCAUGAAGGCCGACAAAAUGUGAUUGCCACCUCGCAGAGGGAGGACCUUGUGGAUGGCCACUCCCCUCAGGACGAGGAAGAGCUGGAUGAGAUGGAGGUGGAGUAUAUUGAGCCUACUGUGCACUUUGCAGAGGAGCCCAUCAUCCGUGGUGGGGAUGAGGACGACGAAGAGGACGGGGAAGAUGGUGAGAGGAGUGAUGAGGAAGACGAGAGGCCAGCUCUUCCUGCAGAGAAGCAGCGUCUGAUCAGAAAGGACACGCCACAUUACAAGAAGCACUUCAAGAUCACCAAGCUGCCCAAGCCCGAGGCUGUGGCCGCACUGCUGCAGGGCUUCAGUCCUGACGGCCUCAACUCUCCGACACAGGCUGCUGAGGAUGAGGAGGAAGAGCAGAGUAUUGGCACCCCUCAGCACCAUCACAGAGUAGAGGAGCUGGAGGACAGCCGGCAACAGGCCAACUCCAGUCAAGUAAAGCACACCCUGACCAUCCUACGACAAACAGGCGGCCUUGGUAUCAGCAUUGCUGGAGGGAAAGGAUCCACGCCUUACAAGGGAGAUGACGAGGGAAUCUUCAUCUCCAGAGUAUCUGAAGAGGGUCCUGCAGCCAGAGCAGGGGUUAAAGUGGGAGACAAACUCCUAGAGGUGAAUGGAGUAGACCUCCACGAAGCAGAACAUCACACAGCGGUGGAGGCUCUCCGUAGCUCUGGUGCUUCAGUUUCCAUGACGGUGCUACGGGAGCAUAUGGUGGAACCGGAGAACGCCAUAACCACCACGCCACUGAGGCCGGAGGAUGACUACUUCCCCAGGGAGAGACGCAGCAGCGGCAUCGCCUUCAACAUGGAGACGAGUCCCAGCGGACCUCGGCAGCGGCUGUCCACCUGCCUGAUCCGUAACGACAAGGGGCUGGGAUUCAGCAUCGCAGGGGGCAAAGGCUCCACGCCUUACCGCACAGGAGACACGGGAAUCUACAUCUCUCGCAUUGCAGAAGGUGGAGCAGCACACAGAGACAGCAUACUGCGUGUAGGCGACAGGGUGAUCUCUAUCAAUGGUGUAGACAUGACAGAGGCCAGACAUGACCAGGCAGUAGCGCUCCUUACCGGCACCUCCCCCACCAUCGCCCUCCUGGUAGAGAGAGACCUGAAUGCACCAGGGGGCUCUCCGGGUCAAUCCCGGGCACGUGCCCACUCCCCUCCACCCCCAGAACCCUCAGAUUCUCCAGACCAGGAAGAGGAAGGCCUUUCCCUUCAUGGGAACCACCUGAGUCGGAUGGAGGACGAGUACCCCAUCGAGGAAGUGAUCCUGGUGAAGUCAGGUGGCCCUCUUGGCUUGAGCAUCGUGGGAGGCAGUGAUCAUGCCAGUCACCCAUUUGGCAUCAACGAGCCUGGGGUGUUCAUCUCAAAGGUGAUUCCUCAUGGUCUGGCAUGUCAGAGUGGACUACGUGUCGGGGACCGAAUAUUAGAAGUGAACGCCAUUGACCUGCGUCAUGCCACUCACCAAGAGGCUGUGCGAGCCCUGCUGGCCAACAAGCAGGAGAUUCGUAUGUUAGUACGUAGGGAUCCUUCACCACCUGGGAUGCAGGAAAUUGUCAUCCAAAAGCAGCCGGGGGAGAAGCUUGGCAUCAGUAUUCGUGGAGGAGCAAAGGGGCAUGCUGGAAACCCCUUCGACCCUACGGACGAGGGAAUCUUCAUCUCGAAGGUGAGUUCAAGCGGAGCGGCAGCAAGAGACGGCCGACUGCAGGUGGGCAUGCGGAUCCUUGAGGUGAACAACCACAGCCUGCUGGGGAUGACGCACACAGAGGCAGUGCGAGUGCUUCGUGCAGUGGGAGACUCUCUGGUCAUGCUGGUGUGUGACGGUUUUGACCCACACAAAGUUGCUGCUGUAGAGGCAUCUCCUGGCAUCAUUGCCAACCCGUUUGCAACAGGCAUUGUACGCAAGAACAGUAUGGAAAGCAUCUCUUCUAUAGACCGAGACCUGAGCCCAGAGGAGAUGGACAUCAUACAGAAGGAGUCAGAGAUGGUGAGAGAGACAUCACAGUGGGAACGAGAAGAGAUGGAGAAAGUGGAGCGAAUGCGCUUGGAGCGUGAGGAGGCAACUCGCCUGCUUGAAGAGGAGACUGAGAACAUCAGCACUGGACCUCUAAAACUUGACUACAAAACCCUGGCUGCACUGCCCACCACCAGUCUGCAAAAGGUCAACAGGUUCUCUACUUCUGUUCCUCUGACUGCUCCCAUGGAGGCGCCCCUGCAGGCCCAGUAUGGAGCCCCUUUAGAGCCUCUGGGCUUUAGUUUAGGUCAUCCACCCCUCAGCCACAUGGACCCCGAGUCCUGCCCCAGUCUAAACACAGAGCACGAUUAUCUUCUUGGAUCCCAGUUCUCCCCUAAUGGGAGCUCCAUUGCUGACAGUGCUGGCUCAUCCACAACCAUCAAUUCAGCAACAUUUGCACCUGAAGAAGAGGAGUGCCUGGUGGACUCUCAGCCUAUCUGCUUCAAAGAAAACCCUUUCUUGGUGGCCAAUCGCAAAGGAAAAGGCCUUCCCGUUGGAGAGCAGAUCCUGUCGGGGCCUCCUGUGGGCUACGGGAAACCAGGCCAACUGCAGCCAUGGUUGUUCAGCAAGGCUCCUUCCUCUGAUUUCACCAGGACAGACAGCCCAAUCAGGGAAGCACCCUACUCUCCCACUGUCCAGCCGGCAAACAUUCAUUACACCUCCACUCCCACUGCCAAGGACAACGCCUCAUCAUCAACGCGUCCGGGUGCCAUCCAGCCAGUUGGCCGUGUGCGGCCAAGUACCUCCCCCGCCACUCCGGAAGGCCACAGUCCCAACCCCUUCCAGCAUGGCCCCUCCCCCUUCAACUCCCAGACCUCUCCUCGUGCCCCUUCCCCCACCUCGCCCGACGAGCUCCCCAUGAAUGUCAAGCAGGCAUACAAGGCGUUUGCCGCCGUGCCUCGCUCACUGGCAGUGCUGGAGCCUCCGCAGGACCUGUUUGGUGUGAGGAACAAUUUCCACCCAAAGCAGCCUUCUCCAGAGCCUGAGUUGAACAACGAGGUGUUUGAUGAUGACAUAGAUGGUCAGGAAGGAGCUGGUAAGGGUCUGACUAGCAAAGUCUCCCCUCGGCCCUCCCUCGCAUCUGACCGUCGGGAGUAUAUGAGCCUGGCAGCAGUGCCUCGCCUCUCCAGGCCGUCAGUGGAACUGCAGAGUCCCUCUCCUGGUGGUAAGGACAGCCCAGAGCAGCGCUCUUUCAGGGACAGACAGAAGUAUUUUGAGAUCGACGUGAAGCAGCAGACUCCAGAAAAACCCAAACCUCGAGUUUCUCUUGUUGGAGAGGAUGAUCUUAAGAAAAUGAGGGAGGAAGAAGCGAGGAAGUUUGAGCAGCGGGCGCAGGAGUACCUGCUGGACGAAGAUGAGGAGGAUGAAGAGGAGGAUCUGGCUAAGCAGGUCGCUCAGAUGAAGGCCACCGGCAAGGUGUUGCUGGAUGGAGUGGAGUAUAAAGUGGAGCCAGUAUCCAGCCCAACUCAGCAUUGCUUCACACCACCGAGCUACAACGUCACACCACCGAGCUACAACGUCACACCACCGAGCUACUGUGGCAGCUCAGGACCCUCCUCUGUUGAUGGUAAGGGAGAAUCUCAGAGGAAUUCACUGGAGGACAGCUUCAGGCUGGAGCAGAGGCCCAACUCCAUGACUGGUCUGAUCCCAGUGUACCCCGGGGAGUCGGCCGCUCCCAUCCGCACAGCCAAAGCAGAGCGCAGACAUCAAGAGAGACUUCGCAUGCAGAGCCCUGAGCUGGCUGUGGCCCCUGACAAGGACCUGUCCCCUGCUGAGAAACGGGCUCUGGAGGCAGAGAAAAGAGCCAUGUGGAGAGCAGCACGAAUGAAGUCUCUGGAGCAGGAUGCACUUAAGGCUCAGAUGGUCAUAGCCAAGUCUCGGGAUGGGAAGAAACGUGGGACACUAGACCAGUUGACAGAGUCGCCCUCGCCUGCCCCCACCCCUUCUCCUACACCAAUGGAAGAGCUCAGUCCUCGAGGAGUAACCUCACCUGGCAGGCUGUCCCUGUCGUCAAAGAAGUUUGACUACCGACAGUUUGCCGCCAUUCCUUCUUCCAAACCCGUAUACGACAUCCAGUCCCCUGACACAGUUGACGACAUGCAGUUCAUCGACGAUGGCUCCAGCAACCCAGGGCUCACUGCAAACCCUGAGGCCGAGGUUCCCACCUCACUGCCUGCCACCUCAGCCCUGGAGGAGAUGGCCUUGUACAGCAACAAGCGCAAACUGAGGCAGGGUCGCCGCAGCCUGGAAACCGCCGUGCCCACGUAACACCUUAAAGUGAGACAUAUUUACAUAUGCUGUGGAACACUGGCAAACACAUGGGUGCAUCCACAGGAGGUGCAGUCACUAAACACUACACAGUGUCAGUAGAGCGAGAUUUACUCUCCCAUAUAUAACCACUGCAGAGACUUCAAAGCUGAUAGUCGCCACACAUACACACCCACUUAUAUCUUGAGUGCCAGUCUUGCCUUUACAGUCUGUGGGUGAGUUGGCAAGUUGCUCAACAGUCCCUCAAGGGCAAGAAAGAGCUAGAGUGGUUAGCUAGGAUCGCUACUUACAGACACGUUUUUUUGUUCCACAUUCUGUUUGCCUGGUAGAAUCUGAUCUAUUUUAACAAAAGGUGACCGAAGUUUUUAGUUUUCGUUUUUUAUUUUUCAUGCUCCAAUGAUUUUGUUGUUUUUUUUGUUUUUUUUUAAAAACAUACUGGAAGAGAAAAGAAAUGGGUCAUAGCUAUACUAACUUCUUGAAUGAUAUUUUUAGACUUUCAGUGAAUAGAUUGUAAAAUGCCAAGGGUUUCUUGACACUUGGGCGGACAGGAGUGUAUAUAUUAUUGAUGAGAGAACAUCCUGCUACCUUCACAGUCACAAAUAGUGGAGAGCUUUUUAAAAAAAAAAACAAAAAAAAAAACAGUACAUAUCGCUUUUGCACUGCCAUUGAUCAGCUUUUUAAGAACGUAUAUAUCUUAAUUUAUUGUUUUUAUCAUUUUACUCAAAUUGAAGGCCUUCUAUUUUACACUGUUUAACCCAUCCAGUCCGUUUGGGAUCAAGAGGUUGACUGAAGUGUAUCAUAAUCUACCUUAAAAAAUGUUUCAAUGAUACAGUUAUGAGUCAUGAAGACAAAGCUUUGAACUAAUGAAUUGCCUAAUACUUUAUCAUUAAAUCUACUUUAUAAACACUUUUGAAUUUACCAUGGGCUUUUUGAGGCAAGCAUAUGUACAAAUUACAUUGCUUGGACAAAACCUGCUGUCGCACAUCAGCAUCUUCACACGUUAAAUGUCGGUAGCUCUUAUCUCAGCAGACUUCAAAAGAGCAUCUGUCCAAAUGUCUGAGACCACUUCCUCAUUUGAAAAAGUGGUCUCAGACUUUUGGACUCCACUGUUUCUUCUGUGUUACAUUCCCCCUGUAAAGAUGUAACCACACUUGAGGCGGCAGCAGCAAUGAGCAGGCAGUUUUACAGAUACUCAAAGUUUGGGAUCAUGGAUUUUUUAGCAUAAUUUACUAAUUAAUGGUACUUACCCUGGCUUGUUUAGGGUAUUUUUAUUUUAUCAAUGUGAAUCAUUAAUUUCUAUCCUUGCAUUACCUGGAGAUAUUCCAGAGUGACGUGAAGGUAGCAGGGGUUUUAUUUUUCUGUCUAUGGUUAAUUUAAAUCUGAUGCCACUGAAAAAUCAUUUAUUAUUGUGUGAAUAAUGUACAAAUACUGAAAAGAAAACUUUGGGUUUGAAACUGAGCCAGUCUUGACCUAGACCAAGCGAGUGUCUGGACUGCUGAUAUACCUGGGUUUGGACAGGCUUGGUAUGGGGAUGCUCUCUGCAUGUAUAUUGGUUUGUUAAUGGGAGAGCCGUGAGACGCAGAAUCGAUUAGAAAUUCCUCUCAAGAUACUGAUCUCAUUCAGACAUUCAGCUCACUGCUUGACAUACUGUCAGUUUAGGUAUCUGACGGGUAUUUUUACAGAAUCACAGCAUAGUAGCAUUCGUGUUAAUUUAAUGUAGGGUCUUCUAAUAAUAGCUUUCCAUGUUGUGCUCACUGACUGAAAUUCAGUUUGUUUGAUAACAUUUGCAAUGGCUGAUAUCUCUUUUUUUUAACUUACAGUAGUUGAUUUUUUUCAGGUGGGUUUCACUACAUUAUUAAUGCAGUGUUUCAAGUUUUUGUGUUCAUUCUUUUGUCUUGAGUUCUGUUUGGGGGCUUUUACUUGCAAAUAGGUUGAAGGGAAAGGGUCAGAAGUCCUAGGGUCAAGGGUUAGAGCUCAUACAAGACUGUAACUAGUGAAUUUGUACAACCAAAGAAGUCUAUUUUGUGGUUCAGGAAUAAUAAAUUUUACUUUUCAUUUAAGAAGCUGA